CCUUGGGGAUGGAGACUCUGCUUCCCAGCCUCCCCGUGGGCCACCGCUAGGCGAUCAGAGCAGCCGUUACCAAAGUACCAGGUUGAGGGGGGCAGGACCCGACCACUACCUCUGAGUAAUCCCAGCAUGAGGUGGCUACUUGAGGACAAUCCCACCACCAGGGAAAAUCCGAUGGAUGACUGUGUGCGGAUGGGGACACUGUUUGGGAUGUUCAACAAGUGUCUGCGAGGGAUGGGUUUCAACCAGAUGUACUUUGGGGACAAGAUAGUCGAGCCAGUAGUAAUUGUCGUCUUCUGGCUACUGCUGUGGUUCCUUGGCAUCCAGGCCCUGGGACUAGUGGGAUGUCUAUGCAUCAUCAUCAUUUACAUCCAGGAGUAAUGAGUGUUGUCACUGGUAUCUGUGGAUGCUUCUGGACAUUUUAUAUUUGGACGACACCGCACAAGGGAUCUAUAUGCUUUUUAGAGAGCGCUGUCCUGUAUUGGUUCUGUCAUGCUGAGUGAUGUGCACUUUACAGGUGUCUGUGGAGGAAAUUGAAUUGGAGGAGAAACAAAGCUGAUUACUUCCAUCAGAGCUCAAGAUGCAAAAGAGUUUAUUAAGAAUAUACAAAGACAACCCAUUGUACCAUACCAUUGGUGACUGUGUCUAUCCUUGAGGCCUUUUUGCGUGUUACUUUUACGUGACCUCUUGUGUAAUUCAGGGAGUUAAUAAUUGAGGAAAAAAAAGUUCUAGGGCUUGAUGCCUAGAAUUUUGAGAGGGUCUGUGGGAUUGUUUUUUUCUGGACUAAUACAAAACAACAAUUGUGAGGUUAAAGUGUCUUGAUGAUGUCAAGACCACACUCCACCCAACUUAUCCAAGCAUGCCUUUUGGACCUUGCUUUGUGCAAUGGGACAGUAAAGUUCACUACUGCUGAUUGUAUUCUCCAGAGGGAACCAAUAAAAUCUCUCCUGGAAAAGUA